CACCUCAAAGUGAGCCUGCCUUCCCCAUUUGAUAGUUAUUAAUCUGAGAGUAAGAACUUGAAGUUUGUUCAUGUUCAGCCAUGCUAACCACGGGAAGACGAUUUUAGACCUCUGGCAAUUUAAUGCCAAAGAUUGAUCAGAAUCUGCUGAAUCUCUAAUAUUUUUGGGUCACAAAUUACAGAGGGUGCUGAAUUGAGGGAAACCAACACCUUCACGAUCAUGAUGAUGAAUGUGACAAACAACAUUUCUGACUGCACUCUCACUGCCAACCGGUUGGAGAAGGUGGUUCUUCCAAUCUUGUACUCAGUCAUCAUUUGUGUUGGGCUGCCAGCCAACUUCAUGGCCCUGUGGAUGCUUCUACAACACAACAGGAAGCAUGGUAUCCUUAUUUACCUAAUGAACCUUGCUAUGGCUGAUCUGAUCAAUUGCUUCACGCUUCCCUUCAGAGCUACGUUGCUUUUCAUGGGAGACACCUGGAAUGAGAAUUCACCUACAUGCACCAUUGUAAUGAUUAUCAUUAACUUCAGUUUCUACUACACUGUCAGCUGCAGUACAAUUUUCCUUGCAUUUAUCAGCAUCAGCCGAUAUACCAUGAUUGUAAAACCCAACACCAUGCAGCUGAAUAAGUUCUAUGAUACAAGUUUUGCACGGACUGCUUGCACUGUCACCUGGAUAAUAGCCACAAUCCCCAUUCUUUCACUGAAUAUAAACUACUUCAUCAAGGAAUUGGACUUCAAUGAUCAGGAUCCUGUGUGUUAUAACAUCCAGUUGCAAUAUGGCAAAAGAGUGUCUGCCAAUGCAUUUGUUGCAGUCGCAGUAAUUUUCUUGAUUAUUUUAGCCAUGUUUGCUUUUUCUUAUGCAUCAAUAGCACUCCAUCUGUGCAUGGUGAGGAGAAAGAGCAUAAGUCAACACAAUCGAGUGAUCCAUAUGCGAGCACAAUUGAUCAUCAUUGCUGCUAUGACUGGAUUCAUCGUCUGCCAUUUGCCUUAUCAUGUUUAUCAGAUAGUCACUGGGCUGCAGAGAUUAAACAACAGCAGCUGUGAGCACCUUCUGAGGACACAUCAUGUGAAACUGAUAACGCUAUGGUUUGUUUCAUUGAGUAGCUGCCUGAAUCCUAUUCUGUACUUCCUACUGUCAAAAUCCUUUGUGGAAAACCGAACAAAGAGAAAGUCAUCUGACAUGUGAUUAUCAUCUUUGGAAUCACAGGCCCACAGACAGAAAACCAAACCUUCAGUAGUUUCAUGUUGAGGCUCAGAUCUUUGCAUUAGUGUGCUGACUUUAAGAAAAAGUAAACAUAAGUAGUAAACAGUCAAUGUUGGAAAGUCCCAUCUAUGUUCUGCAUGAUCAGGCUAUUGGGACAUUGAUGAUACACUGACAGUAAUCAAAUCUCUCAGAUAAAGAAUUUGUAUUGAGGCAAAAAUUAAGAAUGAACAAGCAAGUAAGGAAGCAACGUGAUGACAAGGAAUAAAAUUGCCUCCCUGAAAAACAAUUAGCUGAUAUUUGCAAUAGGAGAACUCUUCUGCAAAAACAAACCAACAAACUAAUAGGUAAUGUAAAAUUAAACCCUCAAAACAAGGGCAAUCGGAGAGGAUAAGAAAGUAGCUGGGGGCAUUAAAUAGAACUCACCAAGAGACAAAUGGGACAAGAUUUUAAAAAAUUAAUUUGUUGCUCCAACAGAAAUAUUCAGGCAAUGAGGAUGGAGCAUUAGUUUCAUUUCAUCAGUUUUCACCGAUCUGUCCUGGAUGUUACUUGGCUGUAAUGUGCUUGCUUUACAAACAUGGCGGUCAUAUCUGCCUCAGCCUCGCUCAGGAAACCAAAAACAAAUCCAGCUUUAACUCAUCAUUUGGUAACAAGCAAGUCAUUAUUUCCACAUUGUUGGGAAGGGCUCUCUCAUCUCAGGGGUCUAGUGUUAGAACACAUCUAAAUUUGAGACAGGUUAAGCAGGAAGUUUUCAUAGCUUCUUUAGAAGCUAGUGUGUUUCCAAGGUAACCAAAAUGAACUGAAAUUGUGGUUUAACCUACACAGUUACUGUGAGGCGCUUUAAAGUUAUUAAAACUAGUACAGGGUCUGGCCUCCUGGACAAGUGGUUGCUAAGUAGACCACAUAGCAUUUUAACCUAAACCCUUCUGCUAACAGUGACCAAUUGAGUAGGAUCAUGUAAAAAGUUAUUGCGAAGAAUGUCCAGCACCAUUAGCAGGUACAUCACCUUUUACUGUUGGAGGAUUGAAGAAAGUGACUUUUGAAACACAUGAAGACUUUGAGACUACUUGUGGAUUCACCAACACUAUUGAUAUUUAGAUAUUUUUCUGAUCACUAUGUUCAGAGACAUUAUUGUACAUUUCUGAAGCAGAUGAGAAUUGAACCCUAGCCUAUUGGUUCAGAGGUAGGGAUACUAUUGUUGUACCAAAAGAGCCAUUCUAUUGAGAAUGACAUUUAUUUUGACAAUGAGUUUCAUCUGAUGAAAGUUUAAAAAAACCAAAGAGCUGCAGAUACUGGGAAUUGGAAAUUGAAACAAAUUGCUGGAAAUGGUCAACAGCAUCUACAUGGCAGCAUCUGCUGAGAGAAAGAGUUAACGGCUGAAGAAUGCUGUUCUAAAGGAGGGUCUCUGGACUUAAACAUUACUUCUGUCUUCUCUCCAUGGAUGCUGCCAGACCUGCUGGGUUUUCCCAGCAAUCUGUUUCACCUGAUAAGGUGCUGCAUUAUCUCACUUUCUCAGAGAUUCCAGGAGUAUCUUUCCAGGGAUUGCCCCCAAAUUGCAUGAGGUUCGGGAGAGCAGCAGCAGCUGCUAAGAAAGGAGGGAGUGAUGGGACUUAAAGCUGUGAUUUCUCUGCUCUGUAUUUACAGGAGAUCUGCCCUGUUCUGGAUCUCCUCUAGCAGGAUCUCCAAUGCUGAGUUUGUGAACUUGUGCAUGCCAUCUGUCAGACCGUAAGCCUGUUACUGCAUAUCAGCCAGAUCAUGUGGAACUAGGUGUGUGAAAUCCACACCUGCCAAUCCACAGAAAUUGGUUCUAACCAGGACUCAGGUUCCAAAUCUGCAGAUUUCUGUUUGACUACUCAAGUGAUGGUCAUCAGCAAUUUAGGAGUAGAGAGAGUUUAGAUAUUUAAAAAAAAAUCUUUCAAACAAGUGAUAAUGCAAAAGCAAAAUUCUUUAGGUGCUGAUGUUUUGAAAUGGAGAUACUUAACAGGCCUGGCAGCAAAGAGAAAAUUGGAGUGAAUGUUUCAGGACAAUGACCAUUCAAGACUUAACUUGUCAUUGGAGCUGGAAGCAAAUUAUCGAUCUGGAAGGUUGGUCUGAAUUAUCAUUCCUGAGUGCCAAUCCCAAUGCCUACAUUCCAGGGCAGGAACACAGAUGUGGCAAUAGUGGGACUCCAGAGAAGAUUUUCAGAUUGGUGACAUGGUAUCAGGUUGUCUGAGAGCUCCAGGAGACAAUUGAGGCCCUUAAAUCUGGGGCAUAGGGGAACAGCCAAGGUUCUGAUCUCCAGUGGGAGAUCUGGAGAUGAGUCAUUGUAAGACGGGGCUACAAACACAUCUCAAAAAGUGGAGGCGCACUGUAAACUCUUGUAAAUAUUUCAAAUUAUACCGUGGCAACAGCAGCCGCCAAGAUACCACUGCAGUGGUGGGAACCCUUCCACUUCAGACCUGAUGCUUCCUGAGCUGCUUUGCAGGAUGUACCUCGAGGCCAUUGCUUCACUAGGAGGAAGCCAGCACCGUGUUAUCUACAAGCUCCAGUAACUUCAAAGGGCUUUAACCACAUGGGAAAUUGACACAUUAGUCACUCUAAUUGGCCUAACUGGCUACAGCCUUUAGCCAACAACUUCUGGGAAGUCCUUCAUUAUAUAAGCCCACAAGUGGAAACAUUGUGGAGCUCUGAGCACUGCCACACCACCCCCAACACCAGGGGCACGGGUUUGAUUCCAGCCCUGGGUGGCAGUCUGUGCAGAGUUAUCACGAUCUUCUCAUGUCUGUAUGCGAUUUCUCUGGUUUCCUGCCACAAUCUAAAGAUGUGCAGGUCAGGUGAGUUGGCCAUCCCAUGGUGUGCAGGCUAGGUGGAUUGGCAUGAGAAAUGCAGGGUUACAGAGGGAGGGUGGGUCUUGAGGGAAUGCUGUUUUGCUGUUCCGAAAGUUGGCAUGGAUUUGAUGGGCCAAAUGGCCUGCUUCUGCACUGUAAAGGAUUCUAAGCCUGUGUGCUGAUAUUCCACAACCAAAAUAAUAAUGACAUUUUUAAUUAUUAUUGUAGCUUAUGAACUGUACUUUAAAUGUUACAUAAUCAAGUAAUAUCUGCUGUAUUCAUUUUCUGCUAUUG